UCGGAAAGCCCUCAAGCUUGAAAGAAUGUCAACAAUUUGAUGAUUUCGAGUUUCUUGUGAUCUACCAAAGACAUGGAUAAUUUGGAAACGUAAAAUAUUAUCCAAGGGAAGGAUUUACAAACUAGUAUCUGUGUUAGCUUUAAAUAACACCUAAUACUUUCACAGAUCGUGAGGAUACUCACGCUCAUUGCGGAAACCGCUUCCAAGUUUCGAAGGAGGUCAAGCUUUGGUGUUAUUUAUUUCAGAAACUUUAUUUACCUCUAAACGCAGUCAUGGAUGAUAUUUUCACGCAAGUGCGCGAAGGCAAUGCCUUCCAUGUACGAGUAUGGCUGGAUAACACAGAGAACGAUCUGAAUCAAGGGGAUGACCAUCGGUUCAGUUUGUUGCACUGGGCAGCACGAGAGGGACGUACAAACAUUGUCGACAUGCUGAUACAACGGGGUGCUAGGAUCAAUGCCACCAACAUGGGUGACGACACAGCACUACAUCUGGCAGCUGGCCAUGGGCACCGGGACGUUGUCGUCAUGCUCCUUCACAACAAAGCCAACAUCAACGCUAUCAAUGAACACGGAAACACACCCCUGCAUUAUGCCUGCUUCUGGGGAUUUGACCAGAUUGCUGAGGAUCUUGUCAACAAUGGAGCUCUGGUCAGCAUUGCCAACAAAUAUGACGAAGUUCCACUUGAUAAAGCAAAGCCGUUUCUGACAAAGAUGCUGAAAGAUCGAGCCCUGGCUCUGGGACAGGACCUAAGUAAAAUCCCCUUCAAGGACAGGAGCUGGCUAGGCUACAAGACAAGAAGUCGCGAUGCACUCCUGUCCCGCCACCCUGGUAUAGACAUUGCCCAGUUGCAGCUGGUCGGCCAUGUUGCUUCCACUCACUCAGGGGAGACAUGGCGUGGUAGAUGGCAAGAUAAUGACAUCGUUGCCAAGAUUCUCAACCUUGUAGAUUGUACCCUCCGAAACUCGCGUGACUUCCAGGAAGAAUUCCCUCGUCUUAGAAUCUUCAAUAACCCGAACGUGCUACCGGUGUUGGCAUGUUGCAACCAGCCCCCCAACCUGGUGGUGAUCAGUCAGUUCAUGCCCUUCGGCUCCCUGUUCAACACCCUACAUGGAGAGUCUGGGAUUGUGGUGGACCAGAACCAGGCCUUGAGGUUCGCCAUUGAUAUCGCCCGCGGAAUGGAGUUCCUGCACUCGAUGGAGCCCAUGAUCCCCAACUUCCUGCUGACCAGCAAACAUGUCAUGAUCGACGAGGACUUGGCUAAAAUUAAUGUUGAUGAUCCCAAAUAUGCCAGCGAAAUAAAUGGGAUUGACGAGGACCUGACAGCCCGGAUCAACAUGGCCGACUAUAGGUUCACCUUCCACGAGCGAGGCAAGGAGUACAACCCAGCUUGGAUGGCCCCCGAAGCUAUGCUGAAGAAGCCUGUAGAAAUUAACCUGAAAGCUGCAGACAUGUGGAGCUUCGCUAUCUUGUUGUGGGAGUUGGAGACUCGGGAGGUACCGUUUGCUGACCUCACACCUAUGGAAAUUGGCAUGAAGGUAGCACUGGAAGGUCUGCGCAUCAAGAUCCCUCCAGGAAUCUCCAGUCACAUGUCUCGCCUCAUCAAGAUCUGCAUGAACGAAGAGGCGGGCAAACGGCCACGCUACGACAUGGUCAUCCCCAUCCUAGAGAAGAUGAAGCUUAGCAGCUAGGUCAGCGUUCACCAUAGAUAGAAAGCAGUGUCAGUCACGGAAAGCAAUCUGCAUGUAAAAACUGCACAUGCAUCAUUGAAUGAACUUCAGAAACUAAGCUUGUCCAUAAUAUUCUCCGGCCAGGAGGGUUGGUUAUGACCUGCAUGUGGUUGUUCUCAUCCUCUAGUUAAUGGCAAACAAUAUCAUUUUUGGUAAGAAGUUUUAGCUGUAUGUCGGGCAAUCAUGGCUAUUUCCAAUGGGUAUAAAUAUCCUUCUUCUAGUAGCUAUCCUGACCCUUCACCUCUUGGCCUCCAUGUCACUGAAGCUUCUGGCAACAUGGCUAUUGUUCCAUGGCUAGAAUGGUACACAAACUGGCCGUCACCUUCUUGCCCGAGUUUAUCCUGAGUCUGUUUAAUGGUAUUUUGAGGACAAGCAAAAUUUCAGGCAUAUUAAGGUGAGCCAUGUUUUACCAUUCAGGCGAGUAAAUGUUCCAGAUCAAUUGCAUAUCUCAGCCAUGAAGAUCCUUCAGACCUCUAUAGUCUUUCACUACAAUAUGAAUAUUCUCUGUCAGCCGCUAUCAUGUUGUUGUACCAUGUAGCUAUCAUGGCCCCAUAUCCAGCAGCCAGUUAUGUUCUACACCAAACUGUCUAUCAUGGCCUGGCUGUCAACGGCUGCCAUGUUUGAUCCAGCCCCUACAUUGUGUUGAUCCGUUACCAGUUAUUAUCCUGGCAUGGAGUAACCGAUCACCUGACUCACCUUUAGGUUUUCUUACAGUAUCCUCUCUUGUCAGGGAGAUUUUACCUGACUGUGUUCCAAUUAAUACCCUCAGGGUGACAUGGCUUGUUGCCAUGGUAUUCUGGGAUGUCUCACAUACUGUUCAUAUUUCUCCAAGUUUUAAACAUUUAUCUCGGGUUGCAUCUUAAUAAUUCGGAGACAGAAGAUUUAGAUUUCUUACUGUGGGUAUAAAAGUACUUGCAAACCAAAUGCAAUGGACUCCAUUCACAUGUUUAUGUUGUUGCAUCAGUCAAACAGGCUAUGUGUACCAUGGUGUGCCGUUUGUUUGUUCGAGCUGUAAGGAUGAUGCUAUAAUUGCUUGAAUGUAUUUUUUCCUACUUUCCAAAUUAUAGUUUUAUUGAAAAGUCAGAUUGAUUUUAUGUUCAAUGAAAAGAAAAUAGACAAGAAUUUCCUUGUUCUUAUCAGGGAAAUAUUAACAAUGUUUGUGUACAUAUGGUUGAUUCAACCGUUAGAUGCAGGAAGAUUGUUGUACUCUGUACAUUUGUAUAUUGUUUGACAGAUGUGAUUCUGUGAUCAAACAUUUGUAGAAAAUAUUGUUGGAAGCUUGAUUGUUCCAUGAGGUUGGCUGACAAAUUCAUAAACAUCAAUACCUUACCUGUUUAUAUCAGAAUGUUUAAGAUGUAAGUGAAACCGUCUCCUCAAAUCACUGCAACUUUGAAUUCUGGAGAUUUAUGAAGAAAUAGUAUAGAAUUCAUUGCCUUCUGUCUAAUGAUAUAGUAACCCAGUAUGCUGGGUGUUUGCAUGGAUGACAGGUAGUCUGGGUUCAGUUCUUGAUGAGUAUAUUAGGUAAAGUUAACAUUCUAAUAUAUUACAAUUUUAACCUCUCUCGCCUACAAUUCUUCGACUGAUAUGUUAUUUAUCAAUGAUCUCUCUUAUUACAGAAGUCAAAUAUUCAAAUUAUAGUCCAUUCAAACUGUUAUUUUGUAAGCUUCUCAUUUUUCAGGAUAUUUCUGAAUAGUGUCUCUCAAUGCAGUGCUCUUAAUCAUGUCAUCAUGUCCGACUCUUGGUGCUAUUUAUACUUGUUAUGAUUGACAUGUCAUUAUACGUCAUGCUGUGACCUCCAGUCAUGAAAAGAUUCAUCCAUAUUAUUUUGCUUUUCAUAGCUAGAUAUAAUUUGAAGAUAUAUUCAGCUUUGAGUUAUGACCUGUUAACAUGCUUGUUAACUGUUUUCUAUGUUAUUUAUUCAACUGUGUGUUAUCAUUUCAUCUGAUGAUCGUACAAAACCGUUUGUCCAAAACAGGCAUUGUAGAUAAGUAGCAAGACAAAUAAUCCCAUACAUAUAAUAGAGAGGCAUCAGUUAUGUCCGCUUAUACAGUAUAACAGCGUAAAAACAAAUGGCCUCGUGAUUACAGCAUUUGCCUAUUACGCCAAAGCCGAUUUCCCACAGGGUUACAAUGCUUGACAUAGAGUUCCCAUUGGUGAUGUUGCUAGAACAACACUCAGUGUUACACUGGUGAUUACGGAAGAUUAUAGUCCUAACAGAAUCCAGUUUAGUACUUGCUUCGGUUCUCACCUCACCUGUUUCAAACUGGAAAACUGGACAUAUUAUUGUUGAUACCAUAACUUCACACGGUUUCACUGCAGCCAAAAGUUUAUUCUUGAUUAUUUUGCUGUCUUCCAUUGUAACCAAUUUCAUAGUUUAGUUUGAUAUAUUUCUAUGAUACCAAAUAUUGAUAGUGAAACUUUCCAAAAUGAAAUUAACACUAAAAUGCACAUUGUGACAUUUUUGUACAAUUUAUCUGUUAGAACACACCAUAUUUUCUGAAGCCAUUGCGUGAGAACUGGCAAGUUUCUCCAGCCUGGACUUAAACAUGUAAUUCUGGUCAUGCAUUUUUGUAGUACGAAACGCUACUGUGGAGCAGGUCUUGCUAAGCCUGGUCAGAGGCCCAAAAUCAAUCAAAGAUGUCAGUACCAUGUCUGACAUACAGAAACAAUAUGCUGCAACUGAAAUACUGUUUGAAAUGGUAUUAAACCAAAUAGUUGAUGAAAUGUUUUAAAAGAACAAGAUUCUCAGAAACAGAAAAAACUUUACCCAGCACCUGUGAAAAUGCAGGUGUGGAGAAAAGAAAAUUACAUAUUUCAAAGAUUCUGUUCUUUAUUAUUGUUCAACGCAUUAUAAAUAAUUUGAAUUUAGAGUAAUUCAAACACACUGUUUGGAAUUGUUGAUCCUCAUUAAUAGAAGAAUAAGAUAUAUUUGAGCAGGUAACCAGGUGAGGGUUGUUCCACAGAUGGUGCCAACAUGAAGUCAUCUUCUUGCAGCCUUAUCACUGCCAGUGUCUGUGUAUCAUGUACUGUGUAUGUGUAAACAUAAUAAACACGUUCGACUAUA